CGAGGCUCCUGGCUCAAGGCCCAAGGUUCAAGGCUCCGCGAACGUUCAUUUUCUCCUGCCUGGGGAACCUCCGCGAAGGUGAACGUUGAGCUAGCGUGUUGUUUUGCUCUGCUUACGCAACUGCCCAUCUCCCUGUACAUCCUGCUUGUCAUUGUUGGUCUCUCAUAUCCAUUUCUUGUUGCGGUUUGGUGGUGGCAAUUUGUAUGCGCUGACUUGUUCCUCACUGCCUAGUGUGGUGCUCGUAAGUCUCUGUUCUUUCAGAUCUGCCUUGUGUGGAUUGCAUAUUGUUCAGUUUGCAGUAUUUCAUUGUUGUGAUCUCCCAGGUGUCCUCACACAUCUUCCCUCAGUUUUCUGCCAUAUACCUAUCAUUUGUGGUCUUGUUUGUGCCAGAUGCCUCAUGUGCGGAGUCUCGCAUCCAGGUGUUUGCGUCGGGCUCGGGCUUGCCAACUUGGAUGGGUUCGACCGAAUUGUCCUCUUCCGUUGGUGCUCGAAGGCCUAGUCGCCCGUGACACGGUCUUGCAUGCAGAGUUGGAUGCUCAGGCUAAUAAGUUGUUGACAGCAUUACUCCAUCCCUCUGAUAGCUGCCCGAAAGUUGAUUCCGUUGCACUUCGCGGUUUUUCUUCUGCUAUUGAUGCUGGGGUCCAGGUUGACGAGGUCGAAUAUCCUUCUCAAAGCAUUCGAGUAUUUUCAAUUGAUGCUGGUGUCCAGGUUGAUGAAGUGCACUGUCCCUUUCAGAGCAUUCGAGUGUCCUCAAUUGAUGCUGAGGUCCAAGUGCAUUCUCAAAGCAUUCGAGUGUCUUCAAUGGGUGCCGGCGUGCAAACUCAGUUCACUUGCGAGGACGCCUGUGUGCAAACUCAGUUCACUUCAAUGGAUGCUGGCGUGCAUACUCAGUUCACUUUGAAGGACGCCGGUGUGCAAACUCAGUUCACUUUCCAGGACGACGUCAAAACGUGGAUUGACAGGAGCACUGCCCAGAAGGGGUUCACCGGCCAGGUUGCGCUGCAGUAUUUAAUCCAGGGGCUUGAAUUAUUCGUAGACCUCAUGACAGAGCCAAUGACCAUCCCAAAACAUCAUGUAUCAUUUUGGUUCCAUAAUUUGUUCAACCUCACGGAUCAUGUUCAGUCGUUUCUGGGAGAACUUUUGGAUUGUCUCAAAUCUCACCGUUUCGUGACGGGGAAAAUGGACCGUGCCGAUGAGGCCAGGUUUAAAGCUCCAGGGUACACUGUCGAUUGUUUCAGUUUUGUUCCAGACGGACUCUUCGAGAGUGCCAGUCGCGCAGACCCGCGGAGACUCACAGCAGCCCCCCGGAGACUACAGCAAAUGUGGGAGCCCCAUGAGCUCAGAAUUUCCGUCGCCACGUGGACGAAUCGCCUCUCCGUCGGGGUUGUCGUCUGUCCGUGUCGCUUCGGAUGUGAUAGCCAAGACUGGACAUCAAAAGUUGGUUCCCGAAUCUUCCCAGAGCAUUCGAGUUUCUCCCGAUAUCGGUGGGAGCUCUAGAGGUAGCCGGAAAGGGAGAGGCAAAGGCAAACGAUAGGGCAGCUUUGAACAUGAUUGACUGCAUACAUUACCUCUCUGUGUAUUGUACGCUGAAUUGUAUUGGAUUGUUGAUUGUGAUUGCCUCGCGUGGUCUUUUUGAUUGUUGAUUGUGAUUGCCUCGUGUGGUCAUUCAGUGCAUCCUUAUUCAGUUGCAUCCUUAUUCAGUGCAUAGUCUUUCAGUUUGUUCGUUGCCUUUGUUUAUUGCUUGUGUUUCGGUAGUGUUGCCUUUCGGUCCAUAGACAUGGGGCAUAUGCAUUUGUUUGAGCUCUAAUAAUUCACGGUGUGCAUGUUCAGUUCUUGGCCAGGUAUCCUGGCUCUCUUGUCGUAGUUUUAGUUUCGCCUCUUCAGUGUUCUCACUGUUGUGGGGUUGUCUGUAUACUGCACCUACGGACCUAGGUCUGAUCCCUGAUACAAAGUUAUCAGCGGCGGAGCGCAUCUGCGAUGUUCUCCCACAGGUUGUGCGAACGUCUUUGGUCAUGCAUGUUUCUGUUUCUCUAUAAGAGCGGACUGCUUGCUUGACAAUUUAGAGGCUUCGCUUCGCCUGAGACUUCGUUGGACCUGGCCUCAGUGGCCAAGAUGGUCCCAGCAAAGACGCAAUAAACCUGGUUGACG